UCACGGCGCAGGCGACGACUCAGGCGCGGCGGCGGCGCUAGAGCGGCGGUUCGCCUACAGUCUGCUGGAGAAGCUCAUCGAGUAUCUGGACUGCGCGGCCAUCAACAUGAAGCUCCUCAAGCCGUCCAGCAACUUCUCCAGGCGGUCUUCGUAUAAAACGUCCACCAAGGACGUCAAAUUCUUCUCCAAAGUGGUGCUGCCGCUCAUGGAGAAAUAUUUCAGCACCAACCGAAGCUACUUCCUGGCGAUGUCGACCUCCACGAACAUGGUGGGCGCAGCGUCCCUCAAGGAGAAGGAGAUGGUGGCCACUCUUUUCUGCAAGUUGGCUAACCUCAUGAGACUCAAAAUCGCCUGCUUCGGCGGGGACACGCAAGUCACUGUCAAGUGCUUGCAGGUGAUGGUGCGUUGCAUAGACGCCAAAACUCUCACUAAGAGCCUGCCAGAGUUCAUCCGCACGUCCAUGUUGACAUUCUUCAACAACGCGGCCUUCGAUCUCGAACGCUGCAUCCAGUUUCUCCAAGAGAGCCGUUACGCCUACAUCCGCGGCACGCACCUGAAAACAGCGUCGUCGCUGAACUACGUGCAGAUGGUCCUCAUGCCCGUGCUGACGUCGCUCUUCGACCACACCGCGGCAUACGAGUUCGGCCAAGACCUCUUGCUGGACGAGAUCCAGGUGGCUUGCUACAAGAUCCUGGCCGCCUUGUACCAGCUGGGCACCGACCUCACGCUCGAUAAGAACAGGAAGUUCAUCAAGAUCGCCUUGGACCGCAACCGCCCGUCCAUCGGCAGCUGUCUUGGGGCCUUCGCUGCCACCUUCCCCGUCGCCUUCCUCGAGCCAAUGAUGAACAAGCAAAACCCCUUCAGCAUCCACAACCGCAUAGCCGACCAGAGCCUCGAGGCACAAGAAAUCAUCGUAAAGAUGGAGACAGCGAUCCCUUCGCUGGAGGAGAUCCUGAAGGAAGUGCAGAAGUUCGUGGACGAAGCCAUCUCCCACGACCAGUCGCCUCACAUCAUCGACAUCCUCCUGCCCAUGCUCUGCUCAUAUCUCCCCUUCUGGUGGAACGUUGGCCCCGACAACGUCAACCCUUCCGAGGGGAACCACGUGUCGAUGGUGACAUGCGCUCCGAUGAACACGUUGCUGCGUCUUGUGCUGCGGCUCAUCAUGAACAACGUCGGGGUUGAGAACUCGCCUUGGAUGACUCGCAUCGCCGGCUACACCCAACAGAUCAUCAUCAACUCGAGCGAGGAGCUGCUCAGCGAGCCUUACCUUCCUCUCGCUGAAAAAAUCCGUAAACGUACCGAACAUAUGUACCUGAAAGAGGAGAACCUCCGCGGCUUCUUGAAGUCUUCCACUGAAGACACGAGUCAAGUUGAGGGACAAUUGCAGGAGGAGUGGCAGAUUCUCGUGCGUGACAUCUACGCUUUCUACCCCCUGCUCAUCAAGUACGUUGACCAGCAGAGAAACCAUUGGCUCAAGAAUAACAUCGUCGAGGCUGAGGAUGUCUACAACCACGUCUCGGUCAUCUUCCAUGCAUGGUCCAACUCCCAGUACUUCCGUCGCGAGGAGACCAACUUCAUCAGCCAGAACGAGAUCGACAACAUGACUCUCAUCAUGCCUACCACCUCUACACGUAGCCGCAACGCCAUCCUCCCUGAGCCUGCAGCCGCGUCCGGCGGCAAAGUCAAGGAUUCAGCAGCUGCAGUUGUCGCUCAUUCAGUGCAGAAAGUGAAUGAGACCGAGAUUUUGGAGUUCGCCAAGACUCAGCUGACGUUACCUGACAAGAUCGACCCAUCAGACGCCAUGAACUGGCAACACACGCUCUACUCGCAACUGGGGGGCGGCCGCACCCCGCGCUCCAACGACACCGAUGAUAAGAAGCUCGUACCACCUAUUGAUGAUACCGUCGAGAGGAUCGUCGCUAUGGCCAAAGUUCUUUUCGGCCUCCACAUAGUGUUAUCACGAGCUGCACAGCGUGUGUACAAAGCUUGA